AUGGGCGGUUUGGGAGAGGAAGGCGAUGCUGCUCUGGGAGAGAAUUCGGGUGUGGGUCCACAGCUCUUGUGGCCCGGAGAAAGCCUCAGUUUUUCACAAGUCACUGGUCAUCCUGCUUCAAAUGUAACAUCUUCAUCAGAAAAAGAAGCCAAAAGAGGCAACCGCUGUCGCUGGAAAGACUGUUCUUAUAUCGAUCCUGGCUUGGACCACAUAUUGCAGCACAGAAAGUGUCCCAAGAAUGAUUGUGUAUCGAGCUUCCGAGAGGAAAAGGAAAAGAGAAGGCAUGUCUGGAAAGUGCACAGAAACUGGGCGACACAGAUGCAGUAUCCUCGCGUCGCUAGUGAAUGUGAUAUCUGUGGCAUGAUGUUAGCAAGAAAAGACUAUGUGCUGCGUCACAAGAGACGAAAGCAUUGGAACCAGCGGCAGAAGAAUGAUGUUUCAUAG